AUGGAAGUGCCACAGAUAGCUCGUCCGAUCGAAGCCAUUUCAUUCGAAAGCCAUGCUGCGCGUCUUAUAUCCAAACUCCCAGCAAGAGAGGGGUGGUCAGAGCCACUGGUGCUCUACAAGAACUACUGGUUCCGCCCGUACUUCGUACAGAGCAGGCUGCGCAUCGAAAAUGGCUUCAAACCUCGCCCGGAAGAUGUCAUCCUUGCUACCAACCCCAAGUGCGGCACCACAUGGCUGAAAGCCCUCGCCUUUACAGUCAUCAACCGCUUCCGAUGCAUAGGGGACACUGUUGACAUGGAAACAACAUUCGACAUGUUCGCUGAAGGUUUCUCGAGCAAUGGACCCUUUUGGAACCAUUGUCUCGAGUACUGGAGGGAGAGUAUUGCAAAACCUGAUAAUGUUCUUUUCCUCAAGUAUGAGGAUAUGACCUUAGAGCCAACAAAGUACGUCAUAAGGCUUGCAACGUUCCUGGGUGCUCCAUUUAGUAUUAAGGAAAUAGAGGACGGGAUACCCGAGGAGGUGGUGAGGUUGUGCAGCUUCGAGAAGCUUAGUAGCUUGUCUACAAACCAAACAGGAGAAUUUGCUCGGCUUGGCAACAUAGUUAUUGAGAAGUCAUCAUAUUUUAGGAAAGGAAAGGUGGGUGACUGGGUGAAUCACAUGAACGAGGAGAUGGGGAGAAAGCUAAAUUGCAUUGUGGAAGAGAAGCUCAAAGGAUCAGGCCUUGUGCUAUAA